AUGUCGGGUGUAUCCCUCGCGGUGGCUCCUCGAUCCGAUCCCGAUGAAACCUUCACCACGACCACGGCCGACCAGAAAACCCAGCACCACCGUCAGCAAGAACAGACGGUGGUGGGUGGGAUAAUGGGGUCCCUUCGUGUGAUUGAACUCCAACUGGUAGCUUUCAUUAUGGUGUUCUCAGCCAGUGGUCUGGUCCCACUUUUUGACCUCGCCUUCCCGGUUUUCACCACCAUCUACCUCCUCCUCUUAUCACGGCUAGCUUUUCCCGGUUCCACCACCACCACUUCUAAAGAAAUAUUCCAAGGAAACCGGGUGUUCCGAGCAUACGUGAUAUUCGGUACCACAGUUGGAUUGUUUUUACCAUUGGCUUAUGUUCUAGGCGGAUUUGCAAGGGGAGACGAACAUGCUGUCCAGUCAGCAACACCCCACUUAUUUCUUCUUUCAUGUCAGAUACUCACCGAGAACAUCAUAAGUGGCUUAUCUUUGUUUUCACCUCCGGUAAGAGCUUUAGUACCAAUUUUGUAUACUGUUAGAAGGAUCUUUGUUAUUUUGGAUUGGGUUCAAGAUGUGUGGCUUAACAAGACCCUCUCUCCAAAUGCCCAAAUCCAGGAUGUAGCAUGGUUUUGGUUUGGAAGGGGUUUAGCCGUGGCAAAUCUUGGAUAUUUUUCGAUCAAUAUGUUUGUGUUUUUGAUUCCGAGGUUCCUUCCAAAAGCAUUCGAUCAAUACUUCAGGGAAAGAAAUGAAAUCCAAAGAAAGAUGGGAGAAGACAAACAGUUUGCGGGUGUGCGUCGAGAUAAAAAGUCCGAUUAA